AAACAAUAACAUGUAAAUCUUACUUUCGUGUUUGUCUCACGGUUGAAUUUAGUUUAUCUAGAGCCAAGAUGUUUCUUUUUCUUAAAUUAAUCAUGUAAUAAAUAAUACCGACAUGAACACUGUUGGAGAAUGGAACGAGAGUCUGGACUAACCUAGAUGACCUAAUCAGCUGCAUGGGAAGCCUUGAGAGGGAAGACAUCAUUUACCUGGAUGAGUACCUGGUGGGUGAGACGAGUCCCCACUCACACUCGCCCACUCGCUGGCUGGCCCUCAUGAAAGGCGAGUCAGAGGACGAACAGUGUGAGGAAGCGUAUUGCGGAGAGAGAUAUGACGUGGAGGCUGUGGCUGAAGGACAAGAGUACAGUGUUUUCGAAGAAGACAAAGCAGAUCUUGUUAUUAACUUGCCACAGGAGCCGCCACCCGCCCAGGGCAAGUCCUCCGAUCUUGGUAAAACAUCAGUAACGCCAUCUAGAUCCACAAAAGGAGUCUCAAAGGUCAAAUUUGUCUCUUAUGAGUCUCUGCCUGCCAGUAAAGCCAAGCUUUUCUUGUGUGAGCUGUGUGGGAUGAAGCUCUCCACAAGGGAAGCGAGAAGGAGGCACAUCCUAGCCAAGCACAUCAAGGAACGGAAGAAUUUCUGCAAAAUCUGCGGGAAGGCCUUCAUUUUCAAAUUCGCCCUAAAAGCCCACAAAGCAGUACAUUCAGAUAAUCCACGCUUCAACUGUGUGUGCGGCAUGUCUUUCUCUGUGCGUGCAUCGUAUUUGGACCACAUCAAGAGAAUCCACAGAGCUGCUUCUGAGAUGAAAUAUCCAUGUGAACUUUGCUUCAAAUCCUUUGGUGAUCGCCAAACUCUUCGCAUCCACUUGAUAUCAGUCCACAAACCAAAGACGAUAUCUUGCACCCAGAAAGGCUGCACUAAAGUUUUUUCCACAGUUGGCCUCAUGAGAAACCACUAUAGGUAUCACCUCAAUCGAAAAUUCACUUGCGAUGAGUGCGGACGAAGCUUUUCCACAGAAUCUUACAUGUACAAACAUCGUCUUACUCAUUCAGGCAUAAGACCGCACGUCUGCAUUGACUGUGGGAAAACCUACUUGAGUGCCUCCCAUCUGAGCAAGCACAGGCGCAUGGCCCACUCCACUGCCAGACCCUUCCAGUGCUCCUUCUGCGGGAAGUGUUACAAGACUAAAGAUCAAGUCAACUAUCAUGAAAGUAGCCACAGAGGUGAGAAGCCUUUCCAGUGUGAGGUCUGUGGGUAUGCGACAUCAUACAGGAAUACUUACUAUGCUCACAGGAAGAAGCACUUCGUAAAAAGUUCCCCAGAUUGUACAGUCUCAGGUGUACAAAAAAGUUCCUUAAAUGCACAGAGUGAGUCAUCUGAAUUGGAAUCAUCAAAACAUGAUGAUGCUUCUGGCAAAGGAAAGAAAACAUCAGACUCCCCUAGAUGCAAGGGAAAAUCAAAAGAUCUUGCAAAAACUAAGAACAGCAAUACUCAUAAAAAGGGGGGUAUAACCAUCAUUACAAGUUCCAGUACAGGCUUGUUUGAUGCACGUGAAGACAGUGUACAGUUGUCAGAAACUAGUCCAGAGCAGCUUUCUUUGCAAGCUUCAGACAAUAGAGAUAUCUUCAAAGUAAAGGAUGUGUGUGCUCCAAGUGCUGAGUCUGUAGAAGUUAUUUAUGUUUCACCAAGAUCCAGUGCCUUCCGAAAAAUGGAACAGCAGCCAUCCUUGACAGUACCUUCUGGCAAUGAUCAUAAUGUAGCAAUUCACAUGAGUAGUGGAGAUUCCCAGAAAGAUGCAGAAAAAUGUUACCUGUCCUGCCCUUCUGAAUUACCCAUCAUUCAGAAAAAAGUUCAGGAAAAUGAGGAUUCCUUAAGGAGACUAUUCAGAUUUGUGGCAUUCAGUCAUCUGCUUCAGAUAAAUGUACUGGAGAGAAAAACAUGAUAAUGGCAGGGGAAAAACUGAAUUCCUGUAUUAUAUUAUCAAGUAAUGGGAGGUGUGCAGUGCCAACAUGUGAGAGCAAUGAUGAUUCUCUCUUGCUUAUUAGAGUAGGAGAGGAUUCAUACAUAGGCGUUUGCAGACAUCACACUU